UGCAAAUGAGAUUCUACAUGAUCUUUUCAGAGUAGAAGACGGCGAGAACAAGCUACUUAUGUUCAAGAAUCUAGGAAUUUUGAGUUUCUCUCAUAAAGCAUGGAAUCAAUUCAAACACAUAGAGUUAGCCCAUUUCGUUCAUGGCAUUGCCAUUGUCAAUCCUAGGUUUGAUUCGAACCGACUACUUAAUGAAUUGUCCAAAUCGAGUCGAAUCGGUGAAGCCCGUAAAAUGUUUGAUAAAAUGUCUGAUAGGGACGAGUUUAGUUGGAACACGAUGAUUGCUGCUUAUGCGAAUUCAGGAAUGCUAGCUGAAGCUAGAAAACUUUUUGAUGAGACUCCCAAUAGAAGUUCUAUUGCUUGGUCUUCUCUUAUAUCAGGGUAUUCUCGAUAUGGUUGCGAAAUGGAAGCUUUUGAAUUGUUUAGAGAAAUGCAUUCGGAGGGACAAAAUUUGAGCCAGUAUGCGUUGGGCAGUGUUCUGAGGGGAUGUUCACUAUCGGGUUCGCUCCAGAGAGGUGAAAACAUUCAUGGUUAUGUGAUCAAGACUGGAUUUGACUUCAAUGUUUUUGUUGUUACUGGUCUUGUUGACAUGUACGCAAAGUGCAAGUGCAUUUUGGAAGCUGAGUAUCUCUUUGAGACAACGCCUGACAGGAGAAAUCAUGUGUUAUGGACUGCUAUGCUUACUGGGUACUCUCAAAAUGGACAUGGCUUUAAGGCAAUUGAGUGUUUCCGAGACAUGAGAGCAGAAGGGGUUGAGUCCAAUCAGUUUACCUUUCCUAGCAUUUUGACAGCAUGUGCGGUGGUUUCAGCAUGUAAUUUUGGGGCUCAGGUGCAUAGGUGCAUAAUUAGGAGUGGUUUUGGGGCUAAUGUGUUUGUCCAAAGUGCAUUGGUUGAUAUGUAUGCAAAAUGUGGAGACUUGAAUAGUGCAAGGAGGGCGUUAGAGACUAUGGAAACUGAUGACGUGAUUUCUUGGAACUCGAUGAUAGUUGGGUGUGUGAGGCACGGAUUUGAAGAGGAAGCUUGGUCCUUAUUUAAGAAGAUGCAUGCAAAAGAUAUGAAGAUUAAUGAUUUUACAUACCCUUCGGUACUAAACUCUUUUGCCUCCACGAUGGAUCUGAAAAACGCAAAAUCUGUCCACUGUUUGAUUGUCAAGACUGGAUUUGAGGGUUAUAAGCUUGUGAGCAAUGCUCUCGUUGACAUGUAUGCAAAACAAGGAAACUUAGAUUGUGCAUUUAAGGUGUUCAAUCAGAUGAUAGACAAGGAUGUGAUCUCAUGGACCUCCCUAGUCACAGGAUAUGCUCACAAUGGCUCUCAUGGAGAAGCUAUUAAGUUGUUUUGUGAUAUGAGAACUACAGGAAUUUGUCUGGACCAAUUUGUGAUUGCCAGCGUUUUGAGUGCCUGUUCAGAGUUUACAGUCUUAGAAUUUGGGCAACAAGUUCAUGCAAACUUCGUUAAAUCUGGCCUUCAAUCAUCUUUGUCCGUAGAUAAUUCCCUUGUCACAAUGUAUGCAAAAUGUGGGUGUAUAGAAGAUGCCAAUAGGAUCUUCAACUCGAUGCGAGUUCGGGAUGUGAUUACUUGGACAGCUUUAAUAGUCGGUUAUGCACAGAAUGGUAAAGGAAAGGACUCCAUACAAUUUUAUGAUCAGAUGAUAGCAAGCGGCACAAAGCCAGACUUCAUUACUUUUAUUGGCUUACUAUUUGCUUGCAGCCAUGCUGGUCUUGAAGAAGAUGGUCGCCGGUUUUUUGAAUCGAUGAGUCAGGUCUAUGGAAUAAAGCCAGGUCCUGAACACUAUGCCUGUAUGAUUGACCUCUUGGGGCGCUCAGGAAAAAUUAAUGAGGCUAACGAAUUACUGAAUAAAAUGGAUGUUAAACCAGAUGCAACAGUAUGGAAGGCACUACUAGCUGCAUGUAGAGUACAUGGGAAUUUAGAGCUGGGAGAGAUAGCAGCAAACAACCUUUUUGAAUUAGAACCCUUGAAUGCUAUGCCUUACGUUCUAUUAUCUAACAUGUAUUCUGCAGCAAACAGAUGGGAAGAUGCUGCAAGAAUUCGAAGAUCGAUGAAAUCAAUGGGAAUCAGUAAGGAGCCUGGUUGCAGUUGGAUUGAGAUGAACAGCCAUGUGCAUAAAUUUAUGUCUGAUGAUAGAGGCCAUCCAAGGACAUCUGAGAUCUAUUCCAAGAUAGAUGAGAUUAUGAUAUUAAUCAAGGAAGCUGGUUACGUGCCAGACAUGAAUUUUGCACUUCAUGACAUGGAUGAAGAGGGUAAGAAGCUUGCUCUAGCUUAUCACAGUGAGAAGUUGGCCGUUGCUUUUGGGCUUCUCACUGUGCCACCAGGAGUACCAAUUCGCAUUUUUAAGAAUCUUCGAGUUUGCGGAGAUUGCCAUACUGCUAUGAAAUAUAUAUCAACAGUAUUUCUUCGGCACGUUAUUUUGAGGGAUUCAAACUGUUUUCAUCAUUUUAGAGACGGAAUUUGUUCUUGUGGGGACUAUUGGUAGGAAUUUCAUCCCAAAUCUUGCUCCUAUCCAGUUUCCCAUGAGGAGUAUGUGCUGAAAUGACUGGCUCUUGGUGUUUUCACUACAGAAUUUUUCCUGAAACAUCACUUUCAAGGCAAAUCUGAAAGUUCUGGAACCCGGGGGAGAGUAUGCAGACUGUGUCUUAUGACACUCAGGCGAAACCCUUAUUUGGCAAGUAAUAUGAAUCUCGAAUCUCCCAGCCUUGAUACUCAAAUGACAUGAAUUAUCUCAAACCUGACCACUUCGACAACCAUAAGCAAUUUAUAUGUGGUCCCUAGUUUGUCACUUUGAACUCUCUUGUACAGAAAAAAGGAAACAUUAGGCAAGCUAUAUUUUACUCUUUAUGGUAAAAUCUUUGUUCAUCUUGCCUUGUGUUUGGAAAAUGCCAUCCUGCCGCUGUGAGAAUUGUUGCAUUGCAUUUUGCUGUUAAGGAUAAAUAGAGUAUGCGCUUUGACUCCCCCAAUGCAGGCCUUUUCAUGCCAAUUCCAUGUAACUUGACUGCAAAAUAUAAUGCAUAAUGCUUUUUUUGUUUUA